CGUUUAGAUCGCAGCGAGAACCAAACGAACCUUAUUUUCAGCUUGGGAGACAUCCUGCGAACCACACACAAGACGAAUCAGCAUCUCUAUGUAAAGGAAAACUCUGAACACAGAUCCAGUUUGUUAUGAUGGCAGGACCUAGUAAUGACAAGUGCAGCAGGUCAGUGGUUUGCAAUGAUGACCCUCCACCUCUGAGUAUUACACUGAAGGAGCUUGGAGAUUUGCCAAAGAAGGUGAAACAUUGGGACACGGACUAUUCUCCAGUUGACAUUCUGCUCUUGACUGUGGAGGAUUGCGAGUUCUUGGCUUGUCAUCAUUACUUGCGAGAUUCCUUUAGAAGCUAUGAGAAAUCUAUUGGAUAUGUGUACUUUGGAAAGAUGGGUGAUGAUGAAGAUGAGUCACUGAAAGUUGCUUUAGUGAAGUGUUCUAAAGAAUCCUUGGAUCCUGGAGGUUCUCAAACUUCUGCUAAGAAUGCCAUCACACUCCUGAGACCUAAGGCUACCUUUUUGGUUGGUUUCUGCUACAGUUUGAAUCCUGACAAAGCCCAGCUAGGAGAUGUGGUGAUAUCCUCACAGCUUACAAUAGAUCAUCACAAAACCCCAGUGAGUAGGGAUGUUGGUAACCUUGUCAAAAGUGCAGCUGAUGGAUGGAAGGCACCAUUAGAAAACCCAGGAGCGCAAAAGGUCAAAGUACAUUGGGAUGGAGAGAUUUUGAGUUGCUCUGAUCUGAUUGGUGCUGAACAGCAGUGUCAAUUACACCCUGGGGCAAUUGCAGUUGAAAUGGAAGGAAAAGGUCUUUUUGCAGCAGCUCAUGACAUGAAGAUGGAGUGGCUUGUUGUUAAAGGUGUUUGUGGUUUUGUACCUGGCAGUGCAACUAAAAACAAUUCAUGGAAGACUUUUGCUUGUGUUAUGGCAGCUUCUGUUGUAUCCAACAUGUUGAGUAGCUCUUUUGUGUUUGGAGACUGGCCUCAUUAUGGAGAUACUACACCCCACACUGUAGUACCCACCACUGGUCAUGGAAGAGAACUAGAAGAAUCAAGGGGAAGGACAGACACAGUUCCUCUCCUUGUAUCUCCCAAGUCUGAUCCUGAAGGAGAACUAGAACUAGGAGAGCUACGUAUGGAACUUCCAAGAAUGAAAGGUGAAUAA